UAUAUGUAGCUGACGUCGAGAUUAGAAAAUAUGGCGGCUGCGUGUAUACAGUAAAAACGAAAGUCAUUUCUUUAGAGCGCGAGUGUUUAGUACAUGCCUCUUUAUUUACGAAAACUACAACGUUGCUACGUCACCUCACAGGACUGAGAUGAUUGUUCGUGUACAGUCACCGGAUGGAACUCGAAGAGUUGAAUGUGACAACAAUGACACUACACAGUCGUUCUAUGAUAAGAUCCAAAGUGCCUUCUCUUUGCCGAGUGUUUUUUGCUUCACCGUCUACAAAGGGAGGGACAAAUCGAACCAAAUUUUGUCGCAGGAAAGGAAGAGACUGUCGUUGUACAAUAUCAAGCAUGGAGACAUGGUGUAUUUGGUGUACAAAGAACAGCUCCCAGACAAUGGCAAGGUGUUAUCCAGCAACAGUGCUCCAGCGACUAGCAAUAAGCCCAUACGCGAGUCAGUCAGUGUGGCAGAGGACGAGGUGGACAUCUUCCUUUCAAAGCAGUCUGGACUCAUUGACAGGCCACGUGAUGCAAAUUUGUGCCAUCAUGGAGCCAAAGCAAAAUGUGUCCAUUGUGUACCAAUCGAGCCAUUCAACGAAAGCUACCUUAAGGAGCACAACAUCAAGCACCUCUCUUUCCAUUCAUACCUGCGCAAGCUGACUGGAGGUCCAGACAAAGGAAAGUUUGCAGCGUUGGAGAACAUCAGCUGUAAAAUCCGAUCAGGUUGCCAAGGCCAUGCCCCUUGGCCACAGGGCAUCUGUACCAAGUGUCAGCCAAAUGCCUUGACCCUCAACAGGCAGGUGUAUCGCCACGUGGAUAUGGUGAUGUUCGAAAAUGCAGGAAUUGUGGAACAUUUUCUUGACUUCUGGCGAGACACCAUGCACCAGCGAGUGGGAUUUUUGUACGGCCGUUACGAACCCCAUAAGGAUGUUCCCCUUGGCAUUCGUACCACAGUGGCAGCCAUCUACGAACCACCGCAGGAAAGUACUCCAGACUCAAUUCGGUUAUUACCAGAUGAAAAGGAGGAGCUGGUCAAAGAACUGGCCUCGCGUCUGGGCUUGGUGCAAGUUGGGUGGAUAUUUACGGACCUUCUUCCCCUGGAUCUCCAGAAAGGCACCGUCAAGCACCUGCGGAAUAUUGAAUCCUACUUUCUGAGUGCCCAGGAGUGCAUCAUGGCUGGCCAUUAUCAAAAUUCUCAUCCCAAUCCUUGCAAACUGUCUCCAGAUGGGUAUUUCGGCUCAAAAUUUGCUACCGUCUGUGUUACUGGUGACAAAGAAAAUCAAGUACACAUGGAAGGCUACCAGGUCUCUAAUCAGUGCAUGGCAUUGGUAAAGGACAACUGCUUAGUACCUACAAAGGAUGCCCCUGAACUGGGUUAUGUUCGUGAAUCUUCAAAUGCCCAGUAUGUGCCAGAUGUUUUCUACAAGUACACAGACUCAUAUGGAAAUGAAGUAACACAGCUGGCACGGCCACUUCCCAUUGAGUAUCUCUUGGUGGAUGUUCCUGUGUCGACGCCGGUAGAACCAGUCUAUACUUUCUUCUCAUCACCAGCAUUUAAGAGGUUUCCAAUUGAAAAUCGCCUUAUUGACGGCCAUAUACAGGACUUGCAUGCCUUGGUGUCAUAUCUGCAGCAGUUUGUGAGGGAGAAGAAAGUACUCGAAGCCCUCUCUGACUUCCAUGUACUGCUGUAUCUAGCAUCACUGGACAUUGUGAAUCUCAAGGACACAAUGGCCCCUCUUCUUGAAGCGAUACGUAACAAAGAUGCUGCUGAAGCUGAGAAAUGGACCAAGAAUGACCAUUGGCAAACAUUGGAGCAAAUCAUGGCCAGUCAAGGCCCUACUGGGGAAUCCAAUGGGACAACCAGUGGCAAUGUAAGUGGUGGAGAAUCCUGGACAUGCCAGCACUGCACUUUCCUCAACCAGUCCAGCAGCACAGUGUGCGAGAUGUGUGGACUACCACAGUGAAAUGUCGCAGCACGAAUGGUUUGAUCAUCCCACACAGAGAGAACGGUGAUAACGCUACGAAACGGACAUCGUGUAUACACCAUGGAGUCUCAGUGGUGCUCUUGAAGAAUGGGCAUCAGACAUGGUUUGCACAUAUCUUAAGGAAAUACAGGGCUGUAUGAAGCACA